UUUUUUUUUUUAAAUAUCUCUCAGGCCACGACACGAUGAAGAGUAAGACAAAAGAAACACAAAUUCAUACAUUGGGGGCGUCCUUUGUGGUCAUUCAAAAAAGAACUUUUCUGCAGCCGUGUUUAAUAAGGCUGUUUGGAGUGACGUCUUGAAUGGAAGAAGCUGGCCGUGAGUACAGUUGUUUCUCGGCUGUCAGUGGAGCUGAGGUCCGACCGGCGGAGGGGGACCAGGCGGAGGGUGUCCUGAACACAAAGUAGACUUGAAGUGGACGAGGGGAUUUUUUUUUCUUUCUUUUUUUUUGUGUGUGGGGGGGAGCCAGAGACAGUGUCACCCCUUCCGUUCACUUGUAGAGAGAAACAGUCCGAGUGUGAGGCGAAAAAAGAGUCGGUGAACUCUAUCGUCGUCACAUUAACUCUUGACAACUUUUCAAUUGACUCUCGCUUGAAAAGACAUUACGGGUUUUUGUUGGAGCUUUCAAACUCACUCUCAGUGGAUGUGUGAGUAUGGUGGAGAGUCGGACCCGUGUCCAGAGGGAAGGAGUGUACCGCUGGUUCUCCUCCCUCACCUCUGCCCAGAGAGCCGAGUUCCUGUGUGGCCUGCUGGACCUCUGUGUCCCCAUCGAGCUUCGCUUCCUCGGCUCCUGCCUGGAGGACUUGGCCCGGAAGGACUACCAUUCGCUCCGGGAUGCGGAGAUCAAAGCCAAUAACCCCACCGAUUUAUCCGGGCUCACCAAUAUCACGGACGAGGUGGUGCGGAGUAAACUGCUGGUGUCCCUCGCACUGCUCGGGUCGGACAACCGGGAGGCAGCGGGGGUCCUGUACCAAACGUUGACGCAUAUAGACACGGUGAUCAACAACUACGGCCUGGCCUUAAAUGACGGAAGGGCCGAGGAGCAGUUUCUGUUGCUUUUCACAAUGGCAUCAAACCACCCGGCUUUCAGCUUCCACCAGAAACGAGUUCUGAGGCAGCAACUCGGCCAGAUCCAGGACGUCCUGCAGGUGAGCUAUGGAGGAGCGGGCAUUGAGGGUCAAGGAGCAGGCCUAUGUGGCGAACAAAUGGCUCUCGCUUACACUCAGCUGCAUCACCACUAUACCCAGCAUAGUGUGUCUUUACCUGGCUUGGCCUCUUUGUCUCCCUCUGGCUGCUCGCUUCCUGACGCAACCGCUGCCUCCUUGCCUGUGUCUGCUGCUCAACUCUCUCAUUCACCCUGCACCUGCUGGCACAAGAAGCAAACCAGUGAGGCUGGUACAGCCCCUGCGCUUGGAUCUGAGGUGAAAAUUGGGAGAGGAGCUCAAGCGGUCAGCCAAGGACCCAACCCUCCUCAGUUUGACCUUCCACCUCCCCCUCACCUUCCUCCUCCUCCAGCUGCUGAGCAGUGCCAUGAUGCUUUAGCACCACCACAUAAGAAUCACCAGGUGAAAAGAGGAACAGUGGCAAUUGAGAGAGUUGCAUUGCGAGGAGUGACACACAAGUUUGAAGACAAAAGUGAUUAUAUGUUUGAGGCCAGCUGGUCUGAUGGCUUUGUCUCAUCAGUUGUCCGAAGUCAACAGGAGGUAACCGAGCUACUUUCACAGUUGUCACAGGCAUUCCCUGAUGAGCGAAUAGAGAAGCUCUUGCCUCAGUCUCGUGAUUCAGAUGCCAGAUGUCUGACAGUGUUGCCCAGCCAUGUCCUCCAGCACCACAGCGUCCAAUUCUUCUUCACCUCCACCAGGCCUCACUCACCUAAAUGCCUCUCCCCCCUCUCUUCCUCACUCCCAGACAUGCCUUCCUCCCCUCCCACAGCUCCUGUCGUCCCAACCUGCCCAUUUACAUCCAACCAUACAAGCUCAGCUGGCUGUAUGUUGCAGUACAGAGGAGCCAGCAGGGCGGUGUACAGAGUGGCCAGUGUCCAUCCUGUUGUCAGCACUCACAAUUCUCCCAUGACCCGCUGCUCCCCUCACCUUUCCUCUCUCCUUCCGCCACAACACACUCCCCAGCUGUCCUCCCUCCCGCCCACGGUGCCAGCCUUGCCAACACAGGGCUUCCUUGCUGGCAGAGGUGAUGCUUCCUCCCAGCCACAUCCCCAAAGCAAACUGUCUCCUUCAAUUCAUCCGCACACAUAUUCGGAGCCCCAGCAGCCCUCGUUUCACCCGUUGCAACUACAGACGAGCUGUCACCUCGGUACCCAACCUCAGCAUUUGCCUCAUUCUCAGUCCCUUUCGUAUUCACUCUCUCAGUCCCGUUCCCAACAGCCCCAUGCACAGUCUCCAUCACAGUCCCAGGUGAUCACGCCAGAGCAGAAUGGCAUUUUGGACUGGCUGCGCAAGCUUCGCUUACAUAAAUAUUAUCCGGUGUUCAAACAGCUGACAAUGGAAGAGUUUUUAGCACUGACAGAGGAUGACUUAAACAAGUACGACUUAACUCAGGGAGCAAAGAAGAAACUCAAGACUCAGCUAGAGCUACAGAAGUCAGCAGACAGAGAGACGAAGAUGGAGAAACGGACCUGUAGUGGUAUUGCUAGAGUUACGCCUUCCAGUCAUAUGGGACCCUCAACCCACACCUCCUCUGCAGUAGAGCUUCGAGUGGAGGUGGACACUGUGCUGCACCAUCACCCCGUCCACACAGACAGCAGCUCAUCCUCAGACUACUCCAGCUCUUCUUGUUCCCCCCGAACACCCCUCUGCUGUGACUCCACUCUGGACAGAAGCAGAGAUAUUUACAGGCGUGUGUCAGGUCCAGAUGCAGUAGGAGGUCAAGAAAAGGAGCGCUCGUGCAUUUUUAUCCUGAAUUCCAGCUGCCCCCCAGGCCCCAGUCGCCCCACGGCCCAGGUCCUUCCCGUCCAAACGGAUACCGCUGCUGCCAUCCAUCCGUCCUGCUCCUCCCACCUCCCCUUCACGCUCUCUCACUUCCACCCACAAGGCAGCUACCCUCAAAGCCUGCUCUCCCCAGUUUCAAACCAGACACGUAUCCCGUCUUCCCCACGAAAGCCGAGGCCGCCCCCGCUGUGUGUGGAGGACAGGACUAAGGUGCCGGCUUCGGGCCUGCCCGGUACCAGUGCGGGCUUCAGUCCUGGGGUAGGCGUAGGCAUGGGCAUGAGGCUGGAGAACCUGCUCCCCAGACUCAAACUGAAAGUGGACGCCUCCUCCUCCCUCCAUGACUCUGAAGGCUGUCUUGGUCUUACAGGGGCUGCGGUUGGUCUUAUGGUUGAGACCAGUUGUGCCCUGACCUCCACCUCCAACAGCCUCCACCAUGUGUCCCAACCUCCUCUCCAUUUUCACCUGUCAUCCUCUACAUCCUCAUCUCCAUCCAUAUACUACUCCCACCCACCCACUCCUUAUUCUACUUUUGUCAGCUCCUGUUCCUCUAUAAAGUCCCUCUCAGAAUCUGCUAGUUCCAGUGGUGGAAGUGUCUUUGUCUCCAUAGCAAGCACCGUCCCUAUUGCCACAGUUCCGGGCAACAUAUACUACCCUCAGCAAUCUACUCCAGGCCUCUCCGCCUCUUCUGCCACUUCAUCGGAUCAAAAUCAAGGCCACACCCACUCCAUGUGCGUUUGCAGCUCGUGUGGAUGUCGGGGUAACUGUGGGGCUUAUGGCACCUUGCCCGGAUACGGUGCUGCAUCCGGCUACCUGCAGCCGGUGUCAGCAAGCUCCGUCUUCACUCUGGGCCCUCUGCUUCAUUUUAGCCCCCUCACGGCCUCAUCCAGCACCACAGGCACCGGUACCAUGCCCUUUUCCUACCAGAUGAUGGCACCACCUCCCCUCUACUGCCAGAGCGCUGGGGCGCAUGACCAGCAAAAGGGCUUUGGCUUCUACCAGCCUCAUGGCCUUGUGGGAAACGGGAUCCAGAAGCGAAUAGUGGGAAACCUUUCUUGCUACAACUGCGGUAGCCAUGGACACAGAGCAGAGGACUGCAAGCAACCACCCAUGGAGUCAUCUCAGCAAGGCACUUUUCGAUUGAAGUACACUCCGCGCUCUGACCAUAAGGACUCUGGGGACUGACGAGCCUGCAGGGAAUUUGGAAAUCCUCAAAUAUUUUCCUCUGCCACAAGUUCAGCCCUCUUCACCACCAGUCUAUUCAACUUGAGCUAGUGGCUUAACCAUAUAGCUCGACUUUUCUUAGAUCUUCGCAUUGGAGUUACGUCACACAAAGUGGACAGCAGCUGAGUGGAACAGUGAAAAUUUAUCACAGACAAAUGGGCAUUAAAACCUCUGGAAGCUGGAAACAGAAGAGUAAAACAUCAGGUCUUUUCACAACAUCUCCUACAGCCUUUGUAGGAGACACAUCAGGAAUAUCACAUUUAUAGACCAUAGAACACAGGUAUCAAAUUCAAGGCCCGGGGGCCACAUCCAGUCCGCCACAUCAAUUUAUGUGGCCCACGAAAGCAAAUCAUUUCCAUGAUUCUUGUUCAAAUCUGCAGCUUUUUUUUUGUUUGUUUGUUUGUUUUUUUGUUACCAAGCCCCUUUUACCCCCUUUCAACCAUAGUUGAACAAACUAUUAUCCAUGACAUCCGAUUUUGAAAACAAGUUAUCCAUCAUUUUGUUGUGUAUACAUAAUAAUAUGAUCAGGCGAUGAAACAUUUAUAUGGUUUCAUGGUCAUAACGACCCUCUGAGGGAAACCGUACCAUCAAUGUGGCCGCGGCAAAAAUGAGUUUGACACCCCUGCCAUAGAACAACUACGCAGUAAAUAGUGGGUCCUUCCACUUAAUGCUCAAGUUAGGCCAAUUUCAAAAAAUUAUUAUUAUUAAAAAAAAUCUGCCUUUUCUGUACAUUUGACAGUUUAGGGGAUAUUUAGUUUUGUGUUGUUUGAUUCGUUUUCUGUUUGCUUCUCAUCCUUAUUUGACCUCUUAUCUCCAUACAGGCUCAAAUGGCCAAUAAGUUUGUAUUAUUAUUACGCAAUACAGUACUAUUAUAGAUUUCAUAGCAUGGGUUGGUGGGGAAGUCACAUUUUACAAUUAAAUUGUAUAGUGUUGGUCACGAUAGAACGAAUCUGUAACAGAGCACAUUCCUGCAAGCUUGUUUUCUGUGUAGAGCAGCCUGUCUGGAACAUAAAUUUAUGAUACUAUGAUUAAUACUGCAUUGAACUGGACCUGUGAGGUUUUUUUUCUCUAGGUUGCCUUUUUACGAUCAUAGUGAAACCUGUAUGCAAGGACUUUGCAGCUCUUCUUCAACGAGUGCUAAUUUUGUCACAUCUGCUUUGCUGUUGAUUCUUGUAUUGUUGAUGCAGGUUAAUGAGACAACACAGUUGUGUGUAAUUUACACGAAAAAGCUCAGGAUUCUUUCCGAAAAAGUGAAACAUAGUGUAAGUCUCUGGGCAGGACCCAGAGGAUUAUUAACAUGAGGACAGCUUGUCCCACUCAAUAUGUUGACCCCUGGAGGGCGCAGCACAAAUAUGUGCCAUCUUUAUUUAAAAUGACAAUUACUGAACAUUUUGUCACGUUGUGAACAUUGUGAGUCAGUGAAGGGUUUUGUAUAUUGUAGAAAGCAUGCUCACAUUUGAAGGUCUACAUGUCUUUGCUUAGUUGUUGCCUUAAAGUCAGCUGGAAGUGUUAACUUUCCAGCAUCAUAAGACAACCUGGUAAAAUGAUUCACAGCAUGCAUGCUGCUUCCUCUUUUGUAAGAAGUGCCUUUCUAUGCCAGUAUUAUGUAUAACAAAAGCAACAAUAAAAUUGACGAUAGGA